CCGGCUCAGCCCCACGUCACCGGGAGACCAGACGGGGACAACAUGGCGGAGCGGAGGAGACACAGGAAGCGGGUUCAGGAGGUUGGUGAGCCGUUCAAAGAAGAGAAGGCUGUCGCUAAAUACCUGCGUUUCAAUUGUCCCACCAAAUCCACCAACAUGAUGGGUCACAGAGUUGACUAUUUCAUUGCCUCGAAAGCUGUGGACUGCCUUUUGGAUUCUAAGUGGGCAAAAGCCAAGAAAGGAGAAGAGGCCCUGUUCACAACUCGAGAGACCAUAGUUGACUAUUGUAACAGGCUUCUAAAGAAACAGUUUUUUCAUCGAGCACUAAAAGUGAUGAAAAUGAAGCCAGACAAGGACAUAAAGAAAGAAAAGGAAAAAGAGAAAGGGAAGACUGAAAGUGGGAAAGAAGACGAAAAAAAGAGCAAAAAAGAUAGUGGGAAAGAAGAGAAGUCUAAGAAGGAAAAAGAGAAGGAAAAGAAAAAGGACGGAGAGAAGGAAGAGGGCAAGAAGGACGAGAGCCCGGGCACACCCAAGAAGAAGGAAACAAAGAGAAAAUUUAAACUAGAACCUCAUGAAGAUCAAGUUUUCCUGGAUGGAAAUGAGGUAUAUGUGUGGAUCUAUGACCCCGUUCAUUUCAAAACAUUUGCCAUGGGACUUAUACUUGUGAUUGCUGUUAUAGCUGCCACUCUCUUCCCACUCUGGCCCGCAGAGAUGCGAGUAGGUGUUUAUUAUCUGAGCGUCGGCGCAGGCUGUUUUGUGGCUAGCAUUCUCCUACUUGCUGUUGCCCGCUGCAUCCUCUUCCUUAUCAUCUGGGUGAUAACGGGCGGAAGGCAUCACUUCUGGUUCUUGCCGAAUCUGACAGCGGACGUCGGCUUCAUCGACUCCUUCAGGCCCCUGUACACGCACGAAUACAAAGGACCAAAGGCUCACUCGAAGAAAGAAGAAAAGUCCGAGUCCAAAAAGCAGCCAAAGUCCGACAGUGACGAGAAAUCGGAUAGCGAUAAAAAGGAAGACGAGGAUGGUAAAGCGGAUCUGCUGGCAAGCUUUGGGUCAGAAGGUCCUGGAGGAGAGCGGCAUUCGGACACAGACAGUGACAGGCGGGAGGAUGACCGAUCCCAGCACAGUAGUGGGAACGGGAAUGAUUUUGAAAUGAUCACAAAAGAGGAACUUGACCAGCAGACGGACGAAGGUGACUGCGAAGAAGACGACGAAGAGGAGGAGGAGGAAGAGGAAGAAGAACCCGGGCCUUUACAUGAACAAUCAUAAUUUAACUGUAGCAUGGACUGAAUAUUGUGCAAGCAGUUGGGUUUUCUAUGUUGGCUGGUACACCACCUGAUACCAUUCUCUCCUCUCUUUAUUUGCUGACAUUACGCAGCUUUAGCCAAAC